CUUUAUUAUUCAGAAUAAAGUAUAAACCAGGUUUUCCUUCCUGCUUUGUUUCCAAGGUCAGUUAUUGACUUAUUUCUUUGAAGUUUUUUGGAGCUUCAAAGGGGUAGAUGUCACUAGAUGAUCUUUAAAUGUAAAUCUCUUAAAUUUAUUACUGUUUUGUUUAAUUCCUUUUCGUUUGCUUUUUCUUUGAUCUCAUUGAGUGCGAGUACUCAUUUGUAGUCUUACACACAGAUAAACGCUUGCAUACAAAUGGCUCUUAAAAAUAUAAUUAUAAUUUUUCUUUCCAGCACCUUUAUCUGGUCACUGCUGGGUGUAUUUACUCUCAGCAAUGGUGGUGAUAGUGAUAUCUCUUGCUUGAAAUCCAUUAAAGAGUCACUCAAAGACCCUUUUAAUCGCUUUAAAUCUUCUUGGAAUUUCUCCGAAAUUGGAGAAGGUUUCUACUGUGGAUUUAAUGGGGUCGAUUGCUUGCCCGGGGAAUACAAAGUUCAAUCUAUCCGACUUUACAACAAGAGCCUCAAGGGCCAAUUCCCUCAGGGCAUUGAGAACUGCAAAGACUUAAUAGUUCUAAACCUUUCAUUCAACAAGCUCUCUGGUGCCAUCCCCUCUGACAUAUCAACAAGGCUUCCUUAUUUGACAUCACUUGAUCUCUCUAGAAACAAUUUCUCUGGUGAAAUCCCGACCGAUAUUGCAAAUUGUACUUAUCUGAAUUCCCUUAAACUUGAUCACAACAGGCUGACAGGUCAAAUACCUCAGCAACUUGGCCAGCUCACUCGAAUCAAGAACUUUACCGUUGCUAACAAUUUCUUGUCAGGACCAGUACCAAAUUUUACCGAUCCCAAUGUCACGAAAGAGAGCUACGUGAAUAACAGCGGACUUUGUGGAGGGCCUUUGGAACCUUGCAAAGAACUUGGAAGGAAAUCAGAUGAGACUUUUAAAAGUGGGUUUAUUGUUGGUUAUGCGGCUUCUUCAGUUUCAGUUGUAACUAUUUUCGUGUCCUAUUGUGUGCCUUGGGAGCAAAUGAAGAAGAGGAAAAGGAUGACCCUCAAGAAGAACAGUAAGAGAAAGGAAACUCAUAGGUGACCAAAUUGUUUCCUUCAAAGCUCCAAUGGAAAAGCUGCAAACAGAUCUUUACUUUGGAGAGGUGGGUUACUAGAAUGACUUCUGCGGAGCUCAAUAAGGCAACUGACAAUUUCAACUCUGACAAUGAUGUGUCCCAAAGCCUUGUGUCUGGGUUACGUUCACCUGCUAAGUAGUAACAGUGGAUUUGCUAAGAAGAUUGCCUCUGCCUCCAAGAGUUUAGUUUAAUAAAGGACUCCUUCAGUUGCUUGUAACUGGGAGAUUAGGUUGCUGUUAUCUUUUGUUAUUAUCAUUUUGUUAUCUUUAUCUAGGAUAGGUGUUAUUAUCUAGUUUAGCCAAAGUUUCGGCUAAAAUAGAAUAGCUGUCAUUGUUAUCGGUUGUGGUUAUUUGGUAUGUAUUUAAGUUGAAUCAUGAUGAAUUAGAG